GUAAAAGGGCGGUGUUUAGUGGCGCCGCCCGCGGGAGAAUUUGAACGGUCCCGCGAGAAAGCGCCAAAUUGGAGAGAUGGAUUCUUCGUUACCAGUUUGAAACCGAGAAUUUUAGGACUCUUGUGAAUUAUAAAAUAAUACAACAUGACAAAACGCGAGGCUUUUCUACAAGCUGUACUUAAUGGUGCCACUGAUGACUUCUUGCAUUUCAUCCAGCUUCAUAAGGAUGCCAGUGAUCCGUUUGACCUGAACGAGCGGCUUCAAGAAAUGUCAAGGAAACAGAAAGAAGCAUUAUGGGAGAAGUUAAAGCAAAUGUUAGCCCAAGUUUUGGUGGAAGAUCCAGUAGAAGCAUGGCAGAGAGGGAGUGAAGAUGGUGAGGAUGACAUGGAAACUGAAACAGCCUCUAAAAAGGAACAAUCCAUAGCUGUGAUUCAAGGCGUGACAACUGUAGUCACCACUUCCAUACCUAUAGCCGAUGAAAAUAUAAAUUACCAAUCUCUUUUGGAAUGUGCUUUGAUAUUAAACGGCAUUAUUUCUGCUUUACCUGACACUGAAAAAUCGUUGUUGAGAGCCCUCCAGGACCUGUGUGAACAGUGGUGGACAAAGGGACUGAAUGGGAAGGAACAAUUUGGGAAAACCACUUUCGUCCACUUUUUGAAAUGCAGCCUUGAGAAGAAAACAGUUGCGGGAGCAGAUAUAGUCCGCUUAUGGCACUUUCAUCGGGCCUUACUGUGUUUCGAUUACGAUUCAGAGGAGAGUAACGAAGUGAAGGAUUUGUUACUUCGAUGCUUUAUGAGUGUUUGGCAUAUGAAAAAAGAAGAGGGAAGAAGAUUCCUGAGCUUUGUUUUCACGUGGAAUGUCAACUUCAUUAAGCUGAUACACGGGACUGUGAAAAACCAGUUGCAGUGUUCUCCUAGGUCUUUGGUGACGCAUAUUGCUGAAAUUUAUUUCCGAGCAUGGAAGAAAGCUUCAGGGGAGAUAUUGGAGGUAAUUGAACACAGCUGCAUCCAGGAUUUCAUGCAUCAUGCAAUUCAUCUUCCCAGGAAUUCACCAUUGCAUCCCAAAGUACGGGAGUUCCUGAGCUAUUUCCACAAACAAACCAAAUCCCGCCAAGGAGUUGAAGAAGUCCUUUACCGGCUUUACCAGCCUAUUCUUUGGAGAUCGCUAAAGGCCAGGAACUCAGAAGUUCGAUCAAAUGCGGCAUUGCUAUUUGUUGAUGCAUUUCCUAUUUUGGAUCCCGGUUUCAACAGAGAAGAUACUGAUAAUGAAAUCCAAAGGCAAUUUGAUGAACUUUUUAGUCUCUUGGAGGAUCCUCAGCCUCUGGUUCGCUCAACAGGAGUGCUUGGCGUUAGUAAAAUAGCAUUCAGAUAUUGGGAAAUGAUUCCUGCAACUGUGCUGGCUGAUCUUUUAAAAGCUGUCAUUGAAAAGCUUGCUUUUGAUACCUCGUCAGCAGAUGUCCGGUGCUCUGUUUUUAAAUGCUUGCCUAUAAUUUUGGACAACGCACUAAGCCACCCGUUAUUGGAACAGCUACUGCCAGCUCUGAAAUACAAUCUCCAUGACAAUUCGGAGAAAGUUAGAGUGGCUUUUGUUGAUAUGUUGCUGAAAAUUAAGUCUGUCAAGGCUGCUAAGUUUUGGAAAAUCUGUUCGAUAGACAGUCUCUUAAUCCGCCUUGAGAUGGACUCGCGCCCCGUGUCGCGGCGCCUAGUAAGUCUCCUGUUCAGCUCCUUUUUCCCCACCAAUCAGUCAGAAGAAGUCUGGUGCGAGCGCUGUGUUGCGUUGAUCCAGAUGAAUCCGGCCGCAGCCAGGAAGUUCUAUCAGUACGCGUACGAGAACACAACCCCAACCAACAUAGCUAAAUUGAUGCUUACCAUUCAGAGGUGUUUGAACGCCUGCAUCCAGCAGGGAUUAAAGGCAUCCGACAGCGGUGAUGAAGACAGCGAAAAAGAAAACAUGAGUAUUUCGGAUAAUGUGUUAUCCAUCGAUGAUGUGCCUUCUAUGGCUGGCUUGCUCGAAGUCGUCGUGAUUCUCUGGAGAAGUAUUCGCAAAGCGCUUGAUAGUAACGAAGGUGGAAAAAAUCAUAUUGUUCAAAAAUUUGCAUCGGUACUUCCAGAAUAUUUAAAGAUAUUUAAGGAUGAACGUUGUACAGCACCCAUAAUUAUUAUAGCAUCUUUCAUGACGCCUGCAAGUAUUCCUACAUUCAGUUGCGGUGUAAUCUCUAAACUGAAGAAUCUGGAAAAUGGUACAACUGAAAAUAAAUACUCUCCCCUGCUUGACUGUCUGUGCCGUUGGGGAAAAGUUGGCCACGUUCUUGAAUUAAUCUGUGAUUGGUUGGCUGCUGAGCCAAGCAGGAGAGAGAGUAACGGGGUAUCUGAACGGCGAGUACGUAUCCAAGAAACACAUGAAUCGAAACCAGAAUUGGCACUUGAUUAUAUAGAGUAUUUGCUGACGCAUUAUAUGAAUCGGAAUUGUCUGUUGUCAUUGCCCAAAGAGAAGCUGAACCAACUUCUGAAAGUUCUUGAAGCUGCAAAAGAUGACCUGGAGUCUUAUAUUCGAGAAAGUGAUGCAAGGUCUCCCGGCUUUUGCAAACCAACUGCAUUGAGAGCCUUUGGCCUAUACUGUAGGUUGAACAUACAUCUUCAAUACAAGUUUGCCUCGGAUGGUCAGGAUUACCUGUCAGCUUUGGAGGAAACAGGAGCAUGGGUAGGAAAUAGCAUUCUGCCCACUCUUUUAAGAGACAAGGAAGAAGGAAAACACUUCAGUGAAAUCUCUCAGCUCGUGGUCCAGACAUAUCUGACAGUGUGCAAAGAUAUGAUUGCUGUUGGUCUUGGUGAUUCCGAGUUUCAAGAACGCAUUCUGACCAUGGGGGCCAUGCUUCUAGAUGGAGACCGAGGCUGUGUUUUCAUCCCAGUGUUACUUGGCAUCCUGACAGAGAUGGUUGAGGCUUCCUUGGCCCCUAACGCUGACAGUGAAUGUUUGGUGGUGGAAGUUCUUAACAAUAUUCAGAAAAUGUUCCAGAAGAUUUUAGAAUGCAUGGCACUCAGGCUCAGGAGACAUCAGGAAGAAGGGAUUCAGUUAAUUCACUCUGUUCAAGAGCCUCUUGGGAAGUUCAUACAUAUGGUUCAGAAUUGUAGUUGGACUUGCCCGACUGUUCAUCACGGGGUCCUUUCUUCCUUGUUAGCUGCAGCAGUAGUUGAGACAGGCUACACCCUGCAGCACAAGGCAUCAAAUCCCGAAGAGCUGACUCCACCAAAGUCUCUUUCGGACCUUCCCCCACUUUCAAGCACUUUAAUGACAAUCAUGAAUAAGUCAGUAAACAUGGUCAAGUCUUUUUUGAAGGAGUUGAUGGAAUCUAUUGAAUCUGAAGAAAUCGAAGGGAUCAUUAGCCUUACAGCAACUGUUUAUAUUGUUGCUUUAAUUAAAGGUAAGAAAAAGCCUUCAUAUGUAAAAGAUGUCGCAUCUGCCCUUCAAAGAAAGCUAGUGACAUACAGUGAGAUUACAAAGAAAGACGUUGGUAAUGUGCAAAGGACCCUGUAUGAAACUGCUGUGCACACUUUAAAUGAAAAUUUCAGUCCUUGACUGUAUAAUGAUUUGUAAAUCAAAGAAACAAGAAAAAAGAGGCCUUCAACCCUUCCCAAGAAGCAAACUUCUCAUCUGUACAGUAUCUUAACCUUUUGGAACCUCAAAACUUCUAUUUUGAUUGGUGCUUCCUUUGGCAGUCAGCACAGAUAAUAUUGAAAGCUAAAUGGCAUACUUGUUAUAUAAAAACUACAGAGAAACUUUCUCAAAAUGCUAAAAUAUUUUUGUAUCUUUUAUUAAAGAUGGCUAAUAUACUUCAUCUAUAAAAA